GGCGCAUUUUUAAUUUGCUGUAAUGAGUUCAUGUGCUCGAACAACAAAAGACUUUUUUAUAAGCCUAAACAGAAAAAAGGUGAUUGACAAAAGGGAGUCUCCAAAGGUCGAGUUACGAAGAUGUCUAACUAUCUUUGAUCUAACUGCCUUAGGAGUUGGCACAACUUUAGGUGCUGGAGUGUAUAUUCUUGUUGGCGACGUUGCCAAGUUCACAGCUGGUCCUGGUGUUAUAUUAUCUUUUUUGAUCGCAGCGGUGGCUUCUGUUCUAUCAGAUUUUUUUACUACUGAAAUGGAAGCUAAACAGAUUCCUGAAAAUACCGUUUCAGGCAGAAUAUACCUUGUUGAAGUAACAUUCAAACAAAAUUUUAAUGAGGAAAGAUCCUUUUAUGCGCCAAAGUUUUCAACUUUCCUGAGUAAAGACUAUGUUAUGCCGAGUUUGGAGCCCGUGUGCCACAAAGUGGAUCAGCUUAUGUAUAUAGCUACAUUACUGUUGGAGAAAUAAUGGCGUUUACAAUUGGUUGGAAUCUGAUACUAGAAUAUGUAAUCGGUAUCGCAAGUGUUGCACGAGCUUGGAGCUCUAAUUUCGAUGGUAUACUCAACGGCCAGAUAGAAGAAUUUUUUAAAAAGCAUUUGACAUUAAAUCUUCCUGGUUUAGCUGAAUAUGUAGAUCCACUUGCUGUUGGCUUAAUUAUUUUAAUGACAAUUCUUUUAAGCAUCGGUGUACGAGAAUCCGCAAUGAUUAACAAUGUGUUCACAAUAGUCAACUUGUGUGUCAUCAUAUUUGUAGUUGUAACUGGGUUGAUUUAUGCAAAUAUUGAUAACUGGAAAGUUAUUCCAGAAAAUGUUCUUAUCAAUAAUACUGUAAAACGUACGGAUUUAGGAAAUGGCGGGUUUUUUCCUUUUGGUUUCAACGGCGUACUUUCCGGAGCUGGAACAUGUUUUUUUGCAUUUGUGGGAUUCGAUAUUAUUGCUACAACAGGUGAGGAAGUGCGUAAUCCACAAACAGCGAUUCCUAUAAGUAUUAUCGGAUGCCUGCUAAUAUGUUUCUUGGCAUAUGGUCUUAUAUCUGCUACACUUACGUUAAUGGUACCAUAUUAUUCUAUCUCUUCUGUUGCUGCUCUACCACUUGCAUUUAGUCGUCAUGGCUUACAAUGGGCAAAAUACAUUAUUUCCACUGGGGCUUUGUGUGCUCUAACUACUAGGUUUGUUAACAAUGCUUUAACGUAAUAACACUUCAGAAAUAAUAAGAAUCGAUUUGACCACAAUAUGUUGCAGCUAUGGGUUGAUAUUUGCUGAGAAAGUAUUUGAAAUAAAUUAACAGCAGACCAUCUAAUCUUAGUUCUGUCAUCCUAUUUAUAUCAAACUCAAGUCAGAGGAAACAGGGGUGUCAUUUCUUAUUUUAUCGAUGAAUUAUCAGGUUAUAACUAAACGAUCAUUGCCUUUGAAAUUCAUGGGUUCCCAAAAAUGUCCCAGACUGAGAAAUUGCAGUUACUUAUUAUCCCUAUGAUUCACAAAAGAUACUGAAUCUAUAUUGUCUCAUGACUGAAGAUCUAUCUAAAAUGACUGAAUAAAUCCAUAAAUUUGUUAAACGCUGAUAUAUUUUACAACAAAACUGUUUUAUCAUGAGAAUACGGAAUAUAAAUCACAGAUUAUUUUCCGUAUCAUUAUUUACAUUCAGUUAAUCGAUAUACUUGUUUGUAAUUGGUAAAAGCUUUUAGUUACUGAUUAAGAAGUUCUGGACAUGAAUUAGGCGCUUAAUUUAGCUUUCGUUUAUAGCAUACACUUAAGGUUGUCUCUAGUUACAUAGCUUUUCCAACCAGUAUUUCACAGGCCAUUGAAAAUCUUUGACUACAAUCAUUGCUAUUUUCGUUUGGUUGUUACAGCUUAAAUAUCCAUCAACCUGUAGACUGAAAACUAAACUGAGUUAAAAAUAGCUUUACCAGAAUAAUUAAUAUAUGAAAACGUUGUUUGGUGGCUGUGAAAAUAUCAGCAUUUUUAUGACUUUAUUAUCAAACAUGCACUUUAAUUAAAUAUCAUUAUAAUGUUUACAUUUUGCCUUUUAGGUUCAAUGUUCCCAUUGCCCCGCAUUUUGUAUGCUAUGGCAACUGAUGGGCUGUUAUUUGGUUUUUUAAAUCGAAUAAAUUCAAAAGUUAAAACUCCACUUUUAGGUACUAUCGUAUCAGGUGUUAUUGGAUGCAUAAUGACCGCAGUAUUCAGUUUACAAGAUCUAGUCGAUAUGAUGUCUAUCGGAACACUUCUUGCUUAUACUCUAGUAUCUGUUUCUGUGCUUCUUUUGAGAGGACAACAAAUGUCCAUUGGAUAUUGCAUCGGGGACACGAAAGAUUAUACAGAAGUAUUGAUGGACGAUGAAAGUUGGCCAGCUGAUAAAUUACCCUUAUCUGAUGAAAAAUCAUAUCCACUCAAGUUUUUGAAUGAAGUAGCUGACAAUACACUUAGUAAUGAUAAAGAACCAUCGAAUGGUCCUGAUGAAUAUUCCGAUCAUAAUAAACCCUCUAUUUCCUCAAAUAACGUUGAUAGUUCAAGUUUAUCAACGGCUUUAAAACAAACAAACAAUUCACCACUUCCUGAUAAUAUUCAUCUCGACAUUUCAACUUAUUUUCGAAGAUGUUUCAAGCGUGAACUUGGUCAGGAUAAACCAUCUCAAACUACCGAAUUAAUUUAUAAAAUAAAUAGUUACUUACUACUUUGCUUCAUUUUUCUCGGCAAUCUGGGUAUAUUACUGUUAGAUAAACUACCUGAAGAAGUGACAAAAAAUAUGAUAGUCACAAUCUCAAUAUGGACGUUUGUUGGAUUAAUGAUCCUGAUCAGUAUUAUCAUUUGUUCAGCAUUAGCCAGACAACCAGAAAAUAAAACACCUGUGGCAUUCAAAGUCCCUGGGGUUCCAUGGAUUCCAGCUAUUAGUAUAUUUAUCAAUGUAUAUUUAAUGGUUAAAUUGUCAGGGGCUACAUGGAUUAGAUUCUUAGUCUGGAUGAUUAUUGGUUUCACAAUCUACUUCGGUUAUGGAUACUGGCACAGUAAGGAGAGAAAAAGAAAAAAAUUUAAUAACAAUCUGAAAAAUGAACUUUAUGAAAUCAGAAAAAUCGUUUAAGUCCGUACACAUGAAAUUGGUUUUCGAUGUUAGAAUUUGUAAAAGAUACAAAACUUCAUAAUAGUGUACACCGAUCAUCCAUCAACUGAUUGAAUCCACUAGAUAAAGCAAGAGGAAAAUAUGUUUAAUUCAUACAGUACCUGAUUCAGUUUAGCCGCCUGGGCAGUAUCCCAGCCCACACAAAAAUUGAGUGUUGAUCACAACUGGAGAAAAUUGCUCUCGCCUCAGUUCACAUUCCAACAAAUUGAAUUCACAAUUAUUUGGUAAUACUCGUUUUAUUUCAUAAUGCGUCACCUGUCUCAUCCCUUUCAUUCUUAUUUUGUGUAUUCUUUUAUUUUUCGACUUGUAUAAUAGCUCUCUUGUAGUGGAAACCCUGUUCUAUCUAAACGAUCUCAAGUCACCCACCGGCUAAAAGUUCAAUGCUACCACCAACUACGGAUUUUGAAACCACGUAUACCAUUCAAACUGGCCUCCUUCAAUGUCUACACACUAAUACAGAUAGGACAACAGAAAAAGUUGGUUAUGUCCUAAAACGUCUCAACAUCAAUGUCUGUUGUUUAUCCGAGACCCUAAUUCAAGACUUUGGUGAGGCGCUACAAAUUCGCUCUGUCGCUUAAAAAAGUUUGUUUCACGUGAGUUUAUCUGGGGACCUUGUGGUAUCUUCAUCUGGAUAUGCUGGCGUUGGUGCCAAACUAAGCGCUAGAGUUGAGGCAGCACUAAUCAACUGGGUCCUCACUAAUAGCCGGUUAUGUGCUGUUAGCUUAGAAAGUUCCAUCAAAGUGCAAAGAAAUCAGUGUGAGAAACAAUGUCUUUUCGUUUUCUCCGUCUAUGCUCCGACAGAUCGUAGCCCAGAUGCAAUAAUGGAUGAGUUUCACCAGUAGUUAACUGUUCUUCUGCAGAAAGUGCUUUCGAAAGAUAUUGUGGUACUAGCCGCGGACUUAAAUGCUCAGGUCGUGCGUCUGUGCACAGAGGAGAGUCGUUAAGGUGGCCGAUAGGGACUUGUUGGUCACAAGUCAGAUAACGUUUACCAUCUACUGCAACUAGACUCAGACUACAACCUGGAUCUGGUUCACACUUACUUUCGGUACAGUCGUCAUUGAUGUGCUACUUAGCGUCCUCCCUCCGCAUCUCAGACCAGAACUCAUAUUGGUCACAUUAAGAUCAGAUAUCUCUGGCGUGGUUGCGUACAAGACUGCCCGCUUCUUUUAAAGUACCCAUCUGGACUCCGAUCAUGCCCUUGUUUACGCUGAUCUUACCAUACGUUUCAGUGGCCGACAAAUUCAUCGUCCUUAACGGAUCGAUGUCAGUGAAUUGGUUGCAGCUUCCAUUGCAACCAAAUAACAAACCGAGCUAGGUUCAGGGCUAGUUACCAUCCCACCGAAAAGUAUAGAUGAGCAUUGGCUACAAAUGCAUGACACCACGAAAAUGGCGAGUAAAGUCGCUUGCGGCUUCGCGAACCGUCCCGAACUUUGCAUCGGCAGGCUCCUUACAACUCAUUAAAGCACAUCGAUCUAGUUCGAUUGACUGUGAGUUUGACCAUAAACGAAGAUUGUUACGUGACGAAAUUGUGUAGAGCUUGCAUAACGACCGAGAAGCCUGAUGGUCAGAGCAUAGUGACGUGUUAUGAACAUCGGCUGCUUCCGGUAACGGCCGGAAGCUUUUCCAACACAUCCGAGUCACUAGGAGCAAGACGUCUGAUGUGAUUGAAGCAAUAUAUAAAGCUUAUGGGUUACCAAUCACUAUCAUCUAACGACGCCUUGGACGAUGGACAGAGUCUCUUGAGAGGCAUUUCAAAUGGCCUGCUGCUCCGACGACAUCGGUCAGACUGUCCUGCAAUCCACGGCUGGUGACAACUAAUCCACCUAACGAGACGCAGGUCCUCAAGGAGCUCAAAAUUUCGGAGCCCCACAAAUCACUGGGCUCAGAUGACUUACCUCCGACCCCUUUUAAAGAUAGUGGUAACUUUCUGGUUAAGGAACUGACUGGGUUGGUUAGAGAGGUCUGACAAUAAGAGAGUGUCCCAUCAUCAUGGAAUAAGUCGAUAGUUAUUCCUAUCUUUAAAAAUGGUUCACGUCACCUUCGCAAGAACUAUUGAGGUAUAAGUCUACCUCCGACCGUGUGCAAGCUGUUGGCUAUUGUCACACUUCGUAGAUUGUUCAAAACCCGAAAAAGAUUGACUCGUAAGGAGCAGGCUGGUUUUCGUUUUGGUCGAGGAUGUAUUGAUCAUAUCUUCACCCUCCGACAAAUGUUAGAACACCGCCAUACUUAUCAAAGGCCAACAAUCGUAGUGUUUCUUGACAUCAGGGCUGCCUUCGAUUCGUCGGACAGGACUGUUCUCUGGGAUUGUCUAUUCAAGAAGGGUGUGCCUGAGAAGUUUAUUAACAUCCUAAAAGCUUUAUAUACAAACACCUCAGGUAGAGUGAGGGCAUACAACCAACUUUCUCCAUUGUUCCAUUCCAGCAGUGGGGUUAGGCAGGGUUGCCCAAUCUCACCAUUCCUCUUCAACUUUGCCAUCGACGACAUUCUGGAAACAGCUUUGAUGGAUGUAAGUAAUGGCGGUGCGGAUCUGUUGCCUGUAGAAGGACUUCUCGACCUUGAGUAUGCGGAUGAUAUUGUCUUACUGUGCGAUAAUGUCUAAGGCAUGCAAUCCGCACUUAAUCAGCUGGCAAUCAAUGUCCGUAGGUACGGUAUGUGCUUUGCACCUUCGAAAUACAAAGUACUUCUACAAGACUGUCAGGAUUCUAACCCCUUUCUCACCCUGGAUGGUGAGCAGAUAGACGUAGUCGAGAAGUUCGUGUAUCUAGGUAGCUGCAUAAGUGCUGUUGGUGGCGUGAGUGAUGAGAUCAAUGCACGUAUAGUGAAAGCCAGAGCGGCUUAUGCCAAUCUGGGCCAUCUUUGGCGCCUUCAUGAUGUCAGUUUGGCUGUAAAAGGUCGGAUCUACAACACGUCGGUGAGAGCAGUUUUGCUCUAUGUUUGUGAAACCUGGCCUCUCCGAGUUAAGGAUGCUUGACAACUCUCUAUAUUUGAUCAUCGUUGUCUUUUGAGGAUUGCUAACAUCCAGUGGCAACACCAUGUUAGUAAUGCGAAGGUUCGGUAGCGCAUGUUCAGGCACAGAGAUGAUAAUUCAGCUGGUGUCACCAUCUUGAAACACCGACUUUGGUGGAUGUCCUACAAAUGUCGUACCAGCGAAUUCCUCAUCGUCCAUUAGUUGCCGACUCUGGGAUUUGUUGGAAAGAGCUGACGGGUGUCCAGUGAACAACAUAUUAUUGUGGUAUGAAAAUAAACUGUACGGGACUGGCUUGUUUGGUCCUUCACGACUCCCUUGUCAGAGUCCUAGAGAUAGUGCAACGCAGUGGCUUGAGACUUUGCCAGACAGAUCAGAAUAGAAGCCAGUGGUGAUCCUGCUGUAACUUUCUUUUACAUUCUUCAUAAAAAAUAAACGCAAAUUCUUCAACUGAAAGAAUUCUUUUUGGUCGUAUUUUUGCUAACUGAACUGCCUCUCCCAUUAUCAUUAUUUCACUAUCAUACACUAAUUUCUGUUUGUUGUUGUUCUUCUUUUUCUUAUACGCACUUUACAUUCUCUAUCUCUUCACAGCCUCAUUGUUAUUAUGUGGCGUAUAUGUAUGUGGUGCCCUCUUGUACCAAUAUUUAUAUGUUCAAAUAAAUAAAUGAUGAUGGAUAGUGAACAAAUAAAAUCUUUUUUUUACUUUCUUAGUUGAAAAGUCUAUGAGACAAUUAAAGUCAAAAAUCAUUUUUAAUUUAAAUAAUAUUUACCUUUCAUCAAGACUUAUUCUAGUGGGCAGCCUAUACUGCACCACAAGGGGUAACAGGCGUAUGUAAGUUAG